AUGGAAAAAGCAUUUGCUGUCUUAAGAUGCCGGGACGAUGAAAAACUUUUGUUUGCAUCAUACAUGUUGCAGGAAGAAGCAUUUAAUUGGUGGCAGAUGUUGGAGCAUAAAUUUGAGCAUGAUGGGGAACCUCUCACUUGGGAUAAAUUUCGAAAAGCAUUCUAUGAUAAAUAUUUUCCUCGGAGUGUCAGGACACAGAAGGAACAAGAAUUUAUCCAUUUGAAGCAAAGGGGCAUGACAGUGGCCGAAUAUGAAGCCAAAUUCACAGAACUAGCCAAAUUUGUUCCGAAAUUGGUGGAAGAUGAGCAAGACCGAGUGCACAAGUUUGAGAUGGGAUUGAAGACUGAAAUUAGGAAGCAAGUGAAAGGUCAUAAAAUUGCAGAUUGCCCACAAAGAAACGAGAUUAAAUCCACGCAGGCAAUGGAAGGAAGCCAGAGGCCAAAGACUCAAGGAAGGGUGUUCGCACUUACACAGCAGGAUGCACAAGCUUCUAAUGCAGUGGUCACAGAUAGGGAGUUACCUGUGGAUCUAAUUGUACUUGAUAUGCGGGAUUUUGAUGUCAUUCUGGGGAUGAAUUGGCUCGCUACCUAUCAUGCCUCAGUGGACUGUCAUGGCAAGAGGGUAAAUUUCCAAAUUCCGGAGGAACCGGCAUUCAGUUUCUGUGGGAACCAGGGAACUGCUUUUCCUCAUAUUAUCUCGGCUUUGCAAGCUGGACGAAUGUUAAGGAAAGGAUGCACAGGUUAUCUGGCCUCAGUAAUUGAUAUACAACAAGAUGAACUAAAGAUAGAGGAUAUUCCUAUAGUGAAUGAAUUUUCGGACGUCUUUUUCGAGGAGUUAUCAGGAUUGCCACCGGACAGAGAAAUUGAAUUCACUAUUGAUCUUAUACUCGGUUCAGGUCCGAUUUCUAAAGCUCCUUAUCGAAUGGCCCCAGCUGAAUUAAAAGAAUUGAAAGAUCAGUUGCAAGAUUUACUGGACAAGGGAUAUCAUCAGCUAAAGAUCAAAGCGGAAGAUGUACCCAAGACUGCAUUCAGAACUCGUUAUGGACAUUAUGAAUUCUUGGUGAUGCCUUUUGGAUUGACGAAUGCCCCAGCAGCUUUCAUGGACUUAAUGAACAGAAUAUUUAAAUCUUUUCUAGAUCGAUUUGUGGUGGUGUUCAUUGAUGACAUUUUAAUUUAUUCAAAAGGAAAAGAAGAACAUGAGGAACAUUUACGAAGCGUACUUCAACUCUUAAGAAGGGAGAAGCUCUAUGCUAAAUUAAAGAAGUGUGAGUUUUGGUUGAAUGAGAUAUCGUUUUUGGGGCAUAUCAUAUCCGGAGAUGGGAUUUCUGUGGAUCCAGCAAAAGUGGAAGCUGUAGUACAGUGGAACAGGCCUACUAAUGUUUCUGAGAUUCGCAGCUUUCUAGGAAUGGCAGGCUAUUACAAACGAUUUAUGGAAGGAUUUUCCUCUAUAGCUAUACCUUUGACUCGUUUAACUCAAAAGGAGUUAAGUUUGAAUGGACUGAAGAAUGUGAACGAGGCUUUCAGGAAUUAA